AUGAGGGGACAUUUCUCCAUCGAGUGGCUUGCCCAAAGUAGCCAGGCAUUAGGAAGCAUGAGACCCUCGCCUCUCCCCUCUUCCUGGUCCUCUGUUGGACCCAACAGCACCUCUGUGACCCAACCUGAGAGCCUGCCUGGGUUCUACUGCCGACCGAGACCCGAGAAUCAGGAGAACCAGGCAAGGAGAGAACAGAGGCUCAACCCAUUCAGCUAUCCCUGCCUGGCAGGCCCUGAGAUGUGUACACAUACCAAGAGGAGUAGCCCCCUCCACCACAACCACCAAGGGAGGCGGCCACGUACAGCCUACAAAGCGGAGCAGAUCAACAGUCUGGAGACGGCCUUCAAGAGGAACGCCUACCUGGGCACUCAGGACAAGGCCGAGCUCUGCAAGAGACUCAACCUUACAGACAAACAGAUCCGUAACUGGUUCCAGAACAGGCGUAUGAGGAUGAAGAGGAUGGUCCAGGAUGCUCUGGCCCAAGCCUGCCAAGCUAAAGUAACAUCUCACCUGCUGCACUACACCGAGCUACAUGCCUACCGCCCAGGCCCCAACCCCACCUACCAUCACCAUCACGCAGGAGCCGAGGGGGGCGCUUCCACCCCAUACCUCCACAACCAAUACAGCUCCUCCAUGGCCGGUCCAGCACUGCCCAGCCUCCCUGCCACCCCCAUGGACUCUUUAUACCAAUACGUCAGCCUCCCCGGUCUGGUGAUGCCCACUCCAAGGUCUAACCCACUGAUGGGGGCCUACCAGCCUCACUCUCACCUGUGUUAG